AUGGUGGGUCGACGGCUGGAGUCGGUGAUCUCAGAGGUCUUCUCCAAUCUUAGUGACUCUAUGGUUCUGCAGAGGCGCCUAUCCCUGUUUCCAUCGGACUGUAUCUGCAUCCCCUGGCCGUCGUUCCUGCGGACGGGGACGGUACGGCCCCGCGGGCAGGGCCGGGCCCCGCAUAUCGCUUAUCUCCGUGCACAAGGUGCUUGCGUGCCUACAAACGUAAAUACGUCGUGUGAUGAAAGUGAGGAGCGGGCUGCUCCUCAGAGUCCUCAGAGACUGUCUGAAAACGGAAAGCUAGCCACAGGCGCUUACGUACCUGAGCUGCUGGCUGUGGGAAGGCGGCAGGUACUCUGCUCGGCUCUGCAGUCACAAGGCGCUGCUGAGGUCAGGCAGCAGGUCGGCAGCAGGUGGGCUGGCGAUGUGACAGGUGGCUGUGCCAAAGGUGGCCGUGCAAAUGGGGUGCUGGAAUCAAGUACCCCGUCAGCCGUCCAGAAGAUAAAGCAACUUCUUAAAGACCAGCCUGAGCAUGUAAGCAUAUCAGGGUGUGAAGUAGGUGUUCGUACAAGGGGAUGCAAUGGACUUUCUUAUACAUUAGAAUAUACAAAGUCUAAAGGAGACUCUGAUGAAGAAGUAGUUCAAGAUGGUGAGUUUCUGCUGCAGUAGAGCAAUCUUACGUGGUUAGAAAGGCGGGUUAGAAAUUUUUUUGAGUACUAAACUAUAAAAAGAGGUCCUAGCUUUCUGAUUCUGGAAUUGGUGUUGCAUUGGUUUCCAUGUUGAAGUUACCAGUUGAAACCUGCAGCUCUGCAAUCUGUGGUUCAAAGGCUACUGUGCAGAAUAAGUAGUGUAGCAAAUGGUUCAUGUUUUUGGAGGAGGUUAAUCCUAGGUAUUCAGAGAAAAAAAAUAGAAAAAUGCGUAUGGAAAGGGAUACUUUAUCAGCAUGCCUAAAACUAGAGUUGGCAAAAAAAGGAUUUUAUUUUUGAAAAGUCUUCUCUAACUUGUCUUCUUUUUCACUGAUCUGUAAUUUGUUUUUAACCUGUUUAUGCUUUUGAUCUUCAAAUUGUUUUGUAACAACCAUUUCUACAAUUUUAAUUAAGCAUUACUUAGAAAAUUGUUUUCAUAUGCUGAUGUUUAAGCAUGUCUGAUAAUUAAGCUGUCUGAUAAUUUUGUUGAGCACCCUAUAACAGUUGUAUUGCUAAAAUAUUGAAAGUUCCAUAGCUUUGUCCAGCGCUCAAAAUUUCUUUGUGGUCCUGUGAAAUAAGGAUUUUCAAAGAAUCAAUAUAAUGUUUAUUUUUGAGAAGUUUCUAAAAUAUUCCUCUGUUUUUUCUGUUGUUUUGUUUGAGAAUUACUGAGUUCUCUUGUA